CCUGAUGCGGAUCCGCCACAGUGGAUUUGGAAGCGCGCCGGACAACAGGAGACCUUUUACGCACGAGCCCCGCUUUUCGAUUGCAAGCAAUUAGCAAACUCGUCACAGAGAAGGGAUCCUAUUCCCAUGGUGGGUGCUUUAUCUCCCCUUCGAGGAGAGCACGGUGAAUCGCAAGCUGUUUGAAUGGUACCCCUGGUCACCAUGGAUUACGGACGGACCAUGGCCCCUCCGGUGCCCCCGCACAGUUCCGCACAAACCCUGCAAGGGCAGGCGCAGGAGCGGCUGCUGAAGUGCGUCCUGCUCGGCGACGGGGCCGUGGGCAAAACCAGCCUGGUGGUCAGCUACACAACGAAUGGCUACCCAACCAAAUAUGUCCCUACUGCGUUUGACAACUUCUCAGCUGUGGUUCAGGUGGAUGGAAAUCCGGUUCGACUACAGUUGUGUGACACUGCAGGACAAGAUGAGUUUGACAAACUCCGCCACUUCUGCUACAGCCGGACCGACGCCUUGCUGCUCUGCUUCAGCGUGGUCAGCCCGGCAUCCUUUCAGAACGUCUGGGAGAAGUGGGUCCCCGAAAUCCGCCGCCGGUGCCCCCUCACGCCCGUCCUCCUCGUCGGCACCCAGUGCGACCUGCGGCAGGACGUCAAAGUGCUGAUCGAGCUGGCGAGGCGGAGGGAGAGGCCGGUGCUGGAGGAAGACGCCAGGGCGCUGUCGGAAAAAAUCGGGGCGGUGACGUACGUCGAGUGCUCGGCGCUGACCCAGAAGAAUCUGAAGGAGGUGUUCGACGCGGCCAUCGCUGUCGGCCUGAGGCAGUUCGACAGUCGAGGGAGGCGGGAGAGGAAGGUCCGCAGCACAGCCGAUAAGAUGAAGAUGCUCUCCAAGUCCUGGUGGAAGAAGUACGUGUGCGUCCAGUAGGGAGUGAGGAGACCCUGUGACUGACGAUAAAACUGGAACUGCUGAACGUGUUGGUUGGAAGGACUACUUUUUCAUUCGCCUGGACGAACCCUCGGCGCGGCAGCCAGAGUACCUUUGAUCCAGUGGAGCGGCCGCUCGAAAGAAGCAGUGCCCCAGCGGAGCUGUAGCGGUUUUGAUGCCUAAAUGUCAAGGAGCAUGAGGCUGUAACCAUUGUCUUGCUCCUCAGAGCCUGUCGGAACUGUCAGAUGUGACUGUGACCAGCGUUCAACCAAAAGAGAAAGUAAUAAAGUUUACUGGCAGACAUCAUGCUGGACAUCCAAAGGAGAGAUAAGCUGACUAGGAAGGGGAAGGUGUCCAGACAGUGGUGUUAUAUACUAAAAGUGUACUCCUGUGUCUGAUUUGAUGCCAUUCUUUAUCUACGUAUAUUAUUUUCUGUGUUCUACACUGUAAUCCCCCAACGCUUCUAAUGCAUUCAUUUCGCUCAAAAACGUGUGGUUAAUGCAAUCUAACUUCAAUCACCAAUCAAAGAUGCAAUAAUACAGCUGUUGAAGCCAAAGCCAAAGCCAAAGCCGGUACUCCAGUGACCAAGUCUGGCCUGUAGCUUAUUCCAUUUAUUUUACAAUCACGUGUAAAUAAGGAAAAUAUCUUUUAAAAUCAGAUUCCCUGCCUAGUGUUGUGUGUGGAUUUCUCCUCACCAGCUUACGUUUGUGCCACAUGUUGAGAUGUUGCUAGAGCUGUCACACUGUUAGAGGUCCUCACCUAUACCCACUGUUUACAGUAUAUUUAACGCCACAAAACAUUAACUGAGAUAACCUACUAGUGCCUAUUCCUGUUGUUCACCCAAUCUAUUCAGCUUUGCCUGCAGCGUUAAAAGAGCAUCUUGUUUAUUUCAAAACUCUACUGUUACAGGGUCGCAGCAAUAAAGUUGCCACUCUAUAUUGCACUUAUCACACACACAGUCCAACAAACCACUGAAGUCUAGCCAUGCAAUGGCCUAUUGAGCAGUGGUGUGGAUUAGACAUAGAGCAGGUAAAAGUGUCUGUGGUGCUUGACAUGUUCCAUUGAUACUCUGGGUCAAUGGAACAGACGGGGCCGAUCUGCUGCAUACGCUGCCUGCACCACCCACCGGUUUGUAUGAUCAUAUGGUCUUUCUUUGUCAUUGCAGUCACGGCUUUAAAAAGAAAAUGAUCCGUCUUUCUCGGUCAGUAAAUUGGAGAAACUUGCUCUUUUGAAAUGAUACAGUAAAUGAGGUGAAAUCACCAAAGAGACUGAUUCCAUGUUUGCUUCUUAUUUUUCAGAAGCCUGUCAUUCAGCUCCGUCUAUUUAUCGGUUCCUUCUGGGCCAAUAACUGAUCAGCAGCAAUACAGAUGUAUGAAAUAUUGUGUGUCAUUAUGUAUGUUACAUAGUAAUCAAUUAUGAUGUUUAUGAUGUCAUCAGAAAAAGUUUCGCUGAUGUCUGAUUUUUGGCUGGAGAGCAGUAUGUUGAGCUGAAUGAGCAGAACAAAAUAAAAUGUGAAAUAUUUAA